CCGUGAAGUCAACGUCGUCCUUUGCGGAGUAGGAGGAGCUACAGCCCUGCGUCGGGGCUGCGUGAGCGUGCGUGACCAGGCUUUGUCCGGGAGAAAUGGCUGGCAUUAAAGCUCUCAUCAGCCUGUCGUUCGGGGGGGCCGUGGGCCUCAUGUUCCUCAUGCUCGGAUGCGCCCUCCCGGUUUACAACAAAUACUGGCCCUUGUUCCUGCUCUUCUUCUACAUCCUGUCCCCCAUCCCUUACUGCAUCGCCCGGAGGAUAGUGGAUGACACGGACUCGGCCAGUAACGCCUGCAAAGAGCUGGCCAUCUUCCUCACAACAGGCAUCGUCAUCUCAGCAUUCGGCCUGCCCGUUGUCUUUGCGCGGGCUGAAGUCAUCGCCUGGGGGGCGUGCGCGCUGGUGCUGACGGGGAACGUGGUCAUCUUCGGGACCAUCCUGGGCUUCUUCUUGGUGUUCGGCUCCAACGACGACUUCAGCUGGCAGCAGUGGUGAAGGCCGGCGCCGCGGCGUCUGAACUGUCUGUCUGAAACCCCCCAGUAUUAUUUUGGUACUGCUGCUGCUGUUCUUAUUUAUUUGAUGGCCUCUCAUUCAUAGACCUGCAACCAACCAGUGCAAUACUAAGUUAUUAAUACUGUUUAAUCAAAGCGCCCCCUCCCUCAGCUGCUCCCUUCAUGACUGUUACACGUGCGCAUCCUGUCCGGAUCAGACCGUCCUGAGUCUGAGCCCUUCAUCCACAUAAUCCUGAGAGGCUGGAAUGCAGGAGGUUUAGUGUGACCUCUGACCUCCUGCACAUUCUAACUGAUUCUGUCUCUUAAAGUACUACUGAUCUAAAAUGCCUUCAUGAAAGGUCAGACGAUUUUCCAGAUGAAUGCAGGUUUGCUGGUGUUACAAAGAUCCAAACAGCUGAAUGCUGUUAUUGUUUUUUAACAGCUUCUGUUUUUCAGUUCAGCCACAUGAGAUCCUCAGAUUAUAAUCUGAUUAUUCGCUGUGAAAGGGGUCUGAGACGUUUUCGUCCUGAAGCAUGUGAACCUGCUUCCUGUUUGAAACGCUGAACAGGAGGACAUGAAGCUGCAGCUCCGGAACCGCCCUGAGGACGCUUCAGGUCUUCAGGUGUGAAGUGGGCGGGCCCAGAGCUGCUGGGGCCGAGCCUCUUUGUGUGCUGAGAGACGAGUCCACGUUCUGUUUCCUUCCUCUGUCUUCAGGGGACUCAUUUUAAUCUGGAACUGGGUACACGUGUUUAUGAUUCAGCGUGACUCCAUUGGGUCUCCAUUUACCCUUCAAAUGUCAGUUUACCAUAUUUUCUGAACUCUGGGGUGCACCGGAUUCUAAGACCCACCGUCAUUUUAGAAGGAAAAAGAGAGAUUUGAAGUGCGCCUUAUAGUGUGGAAAAUGCAGUAAAUCCAGUUUCUUUGCUUGUGCAAAACAUUAGUGCUGUAAACUGAACAGAGGAGGAGAGUUAAUCAACGAGGUUCUCACAUUGGAAACUACCUGAGAAGAAAGUCAUCAAUAUUUCAUUUUCUAAAUAAAGAUGGAAUCGAUUUUGAUUUUAUUGGGGGGGCAAAAACGCGCUCUUUUUAUGAAACGUCUGUGCUGCAGGUGUCUGUGUCAAAGUGGGGGGGCAGCAGAGGAGGGGCAUUAAAGACUCCCCCUAAUCUGGAAUGAAACCAUCAGGGCUUUCUGACAUGACAGAGAUGCUGGGAUGGAGACGUCUCACUCCCAUGGCGUUCUGCAUGAACACUGAGGUGGGGGCUGAUGAUGGCGAGCCCCCGUGUCACAGGGUAACAGGAGUCUGUCUGACUCCAUCCACUUCAGGCUUGGCUGUUGUUCCCGCUUCCAUGUUUGUUUCUGUUAGGUCCAGUGACAGCAGUGUUGUGUUAUAUUCCUUUAUGCAGUUGGAGGUUUUGUGUUGAUGUUUUGUGUUUUUUUCUACAAGUUUUGUCAGAAGAGUGGAGGUCAGCAUCAGUUUCUUUUUUUUUUAAUAAACUCCAUUUUGAACAGAA